UCCCUGUGCAAACAUACAAAUCCAAUGAAUGACGUAAGGCUUUUCAUUGGGCACGACGUCUGUACGUUUGGAAAUGAGGAAAUUGUGGGAAACCAUUUUCAAAGUUACAAACCCAGAAUAAGGUAGUAAUAACAAAAGAAGAUAAAACCAAAUAUACAAGAAGAAUUGGUCUCUUGUUUCAUCUGCCCCUUAUAUGGUAAUAGCAUAUAUCAUUGAAGGGUUUUAGCCUUUUUCUUCUUUCCCUUUCUUUUUAUCAUUUUUCUUAUGCAGAGGAGAGCCUUCUUUUUUUCUUUUCGUAUUUGAAGAAGAAGAAGGAGGAGGAGGAGGCUCUGUGUUAGAUUUUUUUUUUUUUUUUUAGUUUUGAGAAGAUGAUAAGAUGGUGGAUAUCUGCUUUGCAAUUAGCCGAGCUGUUUGUUAGCUCAAUGGUGCAUGUGCUAUAUGGGUUUUACAUAUUUAGCACGGCUGUGGCUGGGGACCUUUCUCAGGCUUUGAGUGAAUGGUUUUUUAAGCCUAAUGCAAGUAUAGAGGUGAAAAGAGAAGAUCCCAGUGGGACCAAUGUUAAUGUUCUGCCUCCUAUUGUAUUGGUUCAUGGCAUUUUUGGAUUUGGCAAAGGAAGAUUGGGAGGUUUAUCAUACUUUGCAGGGGCAGAGAAAAAAGAUGAGAGGGUUCUUGUGCCUGAUUUGGGGUCUCUUACAAGCAUAUACGAUAGGGCGCGUGAGUUGUUCUAUUAUUUGAAAGGAGGGCAAGUUGAUUAUGGUGAAGAACAUAGCAAGGCUUGCGGGCACUCGCAGUUUGGACGAAUUUAUGAACAAGGGCAUUUCCCAGAAUGGGAUGAAGAUCACCCUAUUCACUUUGUUGGCCAUUCAGCUGGUGCUCAGGUUGUGCGUGUCUUGCAGCAGAUGCUUGAUGAUAAGGCAUUCAAGGGGUAUGAGAAUACUUCUGAGAACUGGGUAUUAAGUAUAACAUCCUUAUCCGGGGCUUUCAAUGGGACUACCAGAACUUAUUUAGACGGCAUGCAGCCAGAGGAUGGAAGAACGAUGAAACCUAUUAGUCUGCUGCAGCUAUGCCGUAUAGGAGUUAUAAUUUAUGAUUGGUUGGAUAUCCCCUGGCUAAAGAAGUACUACAAUUUUGGGUUCGAUCAUUUUAACAUGUCAUGGAAAAAAGUAGGUCUUUGGGGUCUUGUUGACUGCCUCCUGGGCAAUGCAGGGCCGUUUGCUAUGGGAGAUUGGAUCCUUACUGAUCUUACAAUUGAAGGGUCAAUAAGAUUGAACUGCCAUCUACAAACCUUUCCCAACACAUUCUAUUUCAGCUACGCUACUAAGCGUACAAGGAAGAUCCUGGGUGUCACAGUUCCUUCUGGCGUUCUUGGCAUACACCCAUUGCUUUUUAUACGAGUGCUACAGAUGAGCCAGUGGCGUCAUCCUCCAGAUGUUUCUCCCCCUUAUAAAGGCUACAGGGAUGAGGAUUGGCAGGACAACGAUGGAGCUCUCAACACGAUAUCUAUGACUCACCCUCGUCUCCCAAUUGAACACCCAAGCUGUUUUGUUGUGAAUGAUUCUGACUGCCAACCCCUGCAGCCAGGCAUAUGGUAUUACAAGAUUGUAGAGGCAGAUCACAUAUUGUUCAUUGUGAAUAGGGAAAGAGCAGGCGUUCAAUUUGAUCUGGUAUAUGACAGCAUUUUUGAGCGUUGCAGAAAACAUGUUUUUAGGAAGACUCCACAAACUUUACCCAAUCAAGCUCCCGAAUAGUCUCACCUGUUGUUCUCACACAUAAACUACACCCCUAAAACUGGUAAAGGAAACUUAACAGCUCUCAUUGUGUUCCACCCCCACAAAUUCUCUUCUCAUCUCUUUCAUUUUCCCCCCACUUUUUCCACCCUUUUUGACCCUGCUGUAAAUG